AUGCUCUUGUCACUCUUUUGGUUAGUUGCAAUCUGCGCUACUUUUCGUCUCUCUUUUGGUGCCCCUGCGCCUAUCGUCACUUCUCGAACCUCAACUUCUUGUACCAAGUCUCUACAAUCUACCUCCUCCUCACCAACAAGCUCGGGCUACUCUUAUAGCAAUGUGCCUAGUAGUACGCCCUCUAUAUCACCAACCCCUUACUCAUCCUUAUAUGUCUACCCAAUUUCCACCGGCACAUCCACGUUUCUUCAGCUGUAUACACCAAUGAACAGUGCGACUCCAGUUGACAGUACGACACCAAUUGAGACACCUACGCCAAUUGACUCGCCAACACCAAUGGACAGUCCGGCACCAAUUGAGACUCCCACUCCUAUCGAGACACCCACUCCUCCGCCCGUUCUCUGCAAUGUCGUUAAUCCUAGAAUACUCACCGUGACAACCCCACGCAAUAUUCGCAUGGGGAGCGGCGCUCCAUAUGAUCCCAAGCUCUGUCAAUCCUUCUGUCGCAGCCUGGGUACCUGCGCCAGCUAUGGAGUCGCCGGGUCAUUGUGCGAGUUACACGCUCUCCCUGUUGCGCAGAUUGUAUGGACUGGCAAUUCUGAUGAGCCGAGAACAAAUGCUGUGUAUAUAUUCUACGAUAUAAUGUGUGCAUAA